AUGGCGGAAACCACACCCCUGCCCGAAGUAACUCAGUCUGAGAAGCCCUUGGGUAUGAGGAAGAAUGGCAAGCAGUGGCAUGCGCCGAAAAAGGCUUUCCGCCCGACCGCGGGCCUGACCUCGUACGAGAAGCGCACCAAGGAGCGCACGCUCAUGGCGCAAAUGAAGGCCAAAGAAAAUGAAAUGAAGACGGAGAAGAAGGAAGAGCGCCAGCGCAAGGUGGAUGCGAUUCGCGAGAAACGAGCCAAGAAGGCAGAAAAGGAGAGAUACGAGAAACUGGCGGAAAAGAUGCACAAGAAGCGCGUCGAGCGUCUCAAACGCAAGGAGAAGCGCAACAAGCUCAUCAACUCUUGA